AUGUGUCAGCAGUAUCGUCAUUGUGCCAUUGAUAAACAGCCAUUGCAUCCUUGGAAGUUCCCUAGUAAACCAUGGUCUCUUAUACAUAUAGAUUAUGCUGGACCUAUAGAAGGCCAAAUGUUUUUAGUCGUAAUCGAUGCGUAUUCUAAAUGGCUAGAAGUAGUUCCCACUCAAGGUUAUACUUCUAAAGUUACAGUCUCUAAAUUAAGACAUAUAUUUUGUACACAUGGAUUACCAGAUGUAAUAGUGAGUGACAAUGCUACAGCUUUUGUUAGUGAAGAAUUUCAGAGUUUUGUAAAUAAGAAUGGAAUUCGUCAUGUUACUAGUGCUCCGUAUCAUCCUUCUACUAAUGGGUUAGCUGAAAAUGCUGUCAAAACCUUUAAAACUGCUUUGAAAAAAUGUGAAGGAAGAAGCCAAGCUAGAAAUUACAAAGGUAAUAGGGGAAGAGUUGCAGAGAAAUUUGAAGAGGGUGAUCAUGUAUAUUUUAGGAAUUAUUCCAGGGCAGGACCACCUAACAGUCCAGGGAUUGUGGAAGAGUGCACUGGUCCCAUUUCAUGUAAAAUUGUUAGUAGUGAUGGAGAUGUUGUACACAGACAUUUUGAUCAAAUGUUUAAACAAGUGAAACCCUCUUGUGAAAUUGAAGGUAAUGUUAAUUUUAAGGGUAAUGCUAAUUUUAAGGCAGGUGAUAAUUUUAAGGUUGCUAAUGAAGGUCAUUUCUCACAUCUCUGA